AACCACUGACGAAAUGUGUAGAACGUUCAUUGGAAUGCCCUGUGAAUCUGCACUUUCGUUUGACACGAGCGAGAAUGAGACUGGACGACUAUUUCAAGUGUUGUUUCCGAGGACCCGUCUCGGGGGAGAGCGGGAAGAAAGUCCGGAAUGGGGCCAAGGGGUUGAGCCAUCAGUUGGCGGAUCAAAUGCGUGAGGGCGAGAUCCAAGAGGCCGGCCUCGCUUCCCCCUCGCCUCCCGAGAUCAAGCCCUCCAAUGUGGCCAGUGGCUCCGCUGGUGUCUCGGUGUCAUCGUACUCUCCGGGGAUCCGGCUGUCGGACUGGGAGAGAGGCCAACUGGAGCUGGAGGAGCAUCGAGUCCGUGAUGAGCAGGAGGACUUGAGGAGAGCGUCGCUCCAUGGGUGGUUUGAGCGGCGGCGACUUGCGGAUGAGAGGAAGAAGGCCUUGGAGUUGUGGAGAGUCAGCGGCAAACUAACUGACGAUGUCAAGGACCUGUCUUCAGCUCUGGAGGAUCUCUUUGAAGAAAAAUGGGGGGACAUCUAUCAUCCCCUGCCUACUGAAGCGGAUUACAGGGAGGUGUCUCUCCCCCUGUGGCUCUACAGUCCUGAGCUGGAAGAGAGGAUGCUCCGUCAGAAGGUAAGCAAGCUGAAGCAGCAGCACCAGCAGCGGGAGCAGCAGAAGCAGCAGCAGGAGCGGCAGAAGCAGCAACAACUGAAGCAGGAGCAUCGGCAGCAGAAACAGGUGCAGCAGCAGGAGCAGGGGCAGGACCAGCAGCAGUGGCUGCAGCAAUGGCUGCAGCAGUGGCAGCAAUGGCAGUGGCAGGAGCAGCAGCAACAGCAGUGGCACCAGGAGUGGCACCAGGAGUGGCAGCGGCUGUGGCGGUGGCAUCAGUGGCAGCAGCCCUCCAGGCCGGAGGAGCCUGGCCCACCCCAGCAGCAGCCCUCCAGGCCGGAGGAGCCUGGUCCACCCCAGCAUCAGCCCUCUAGGCCUCAGGCGCCUGGCCCACCCCAGCAUCGGCAACCCCAGAGGCAGCGACACCAUGAGUACGAGCAAUGAGUGGACACAAUGGACAGAUGAGAGAGAGAAUGUGUGUGGGUGGGUUGUGCACUAUUUUUCUGAGUUGUCUACAAUGUUUUAGAGUCCUCUCACCGUUUCUUUUAUGUUUGCUGCCAGGGCUGUAGUAUUCGAGUCCAGACUCGGACUUGAGUACAGACUCAAGUCUAUUUUCCAAUGGACUUUGACUGGUCUUCUACUCGCUAUCAGUUUGUAUUCUGCCUUGUCUUAGACUCAAACACUGGCUUGACUGAUUGGACUUGGGCUUGUCUCAGACGCAAACCUCUUUGGACUCAGACUUGUCUCAGACUUGACUAGUCUGGUCUUGGACUUUAUUUGGACUCUACGAAGGUGGACUUGACUACGGCCCUGUUUGCUGCCUUCUCUCUUAUGUGGCAAAUUUUGAUUUUUGUCUUAGCUUUAGAGUGGCUGUCUAUAGGCAUGUCCAUACCUAUUCUGAAAAUCACCCUAAACAUUUGUUUUCAAAAUUGUGCAUCUCACCAAGUAGUUAGGGGUCUUGUCUGGAAUUCCCUAACAAGUUAUUCCGUCAUGUUUUAUUUGGCAUUUUGUGAAUGAAAGAUUUUUUUUUUUAUUACAAAAUGCCACAUAAAACAGGACGUUUCGCUACAAAAAUAAUGAUGUUAUGUAUCACUUUGUGAGAUGCACAUUCUUGAAAAUAAAUGUAAAAGGUGGUAAUAACAACAGAUAUGGACAUAGACAAAAUCCAAAUUAGCCAAAUAACAGACAGCGGCAAGCAUCAAAUAAACAGUGAGGGGAACUCUUAAAACAUAGCAGACAACUCAGAAAAUGUUUAAAAUAGUCAACUUAUGGGGGUGGGGAGAGAAAAACAUUCCAAAUAAAUGUAAAGAAAAUUCCAAAUCCA